AGCGGCGGGCCCGGCUCGCGGCGGUGCUGAGCCUCAGGGGUAGGGACCGGGGGGAGCUGUGCAGGCAGGCGGGCGGGCGGCGCGGUGACCGGACGGGGCUGCCUCCCCACCCCGGGUUGCCCCCCGUCCCUGGGGCCCGGCCUGCCUGGCGCGGGUGAGCGCGCACCGGGAAUUCACUGUGAAUUCACUCCCUGGCUCGCCCCCGUGCCCAUAGGUAUAGGGCAGCCUCCCCCAGCCUCGGGGGUUUGCCCCCCGCCGUAAUAAAGAUGGCAUUUGUGCGCCCCCACUUCAGCCACUGCUUUCCUUGCCACUGAUUCUUCUCGGCCCACGGGUUGAGAAAUGCUGCCAAGGGGGGGCCCAAGAAGCGGGGUAAAUUAGGCUGUGCCCCUGCAGGAAGACUGCUCCUGACCCCCCACGCCUCCGCCAGACCCAGUCACCAGCUAGAGCAGUCAGUGCAUGUGUGUAAGGCAGUGCUUCUCAGCCGGGGCCCAGCUGAUCCUUUGAAGGGUGCCCCUGGGAGUGAGCAGAUAAGCUCAGGCAUGUCCCUGCUUGAUCCAUCCUCCACUGCCAUUGCUUGGCCCUUCUGCAAGGAGGAUGGCUUCCCUGGAAGACCAAACGAAUCUUCAUUUAACUGCAGUCAAAGCACGAAUUCAACAGCUGGUGAGGUAACAAAUAGAAGUCAGCCCAUGUGGAGUGGUUCCAGUUCUGGAAGAAGCUUUGGGAAUUGGGAUGUCAACGAGGAGCCUAACCGAGGAUGUCAGCCCAGAAUGAGAGGGUUUACUAGUGGAAGGAAUUUUGGAAGCAGAGAUGCCAGUGAGAAUCCCAAUACAGAAAAUACUCCCAGAGAAGGUGGAUUUGGUAGUGGAAGGAGUUUUGGAAACAGAGAAGAACGUACUGAAGAUGCCCACUCCAGAAGCAGAGGAUUUUCAAGAAGAGGAGGUGCUCGAGGGGAUUUCAGAGGUGGCCGUGGAGGAUUUGGUCCAAGUCAAUAUAAUGAAAAUGAGCAACAAGAAAGAGGACCGCAUUUUGGCCUUAGGAGGGGAAUGUUGGGAGGCCCUACAGGAAAUAAUCUGAAGUCAAACCCCAGAGGAAUGUUUCAUAGAGGUGAUCAAGAACAUAGAGGAUUUGGAGUCAGAGGUGGUUACAGAGGAGGCAAUGAAGAAGUAAUUGCAGGUUCUGGAAGAAGUACUUGGAAGUCAGGUGCAAUGGAAAGUGGUGAUAAUCAAGGGCCAAAGGUGACAUAUAUGCCUCCACCUCCACCAGAUAAUGAAGAAGCCAUCUUUGCACAUUAUCAAACAGGAAUUAAUUUUGACAAAUAUGAUACAAUACUUGUAAAAGUAUCAGGGCUUGAUCCCCCUCCAGCAAUAUUGACUUUUGAAGAAGCUAAUCUUUGUCAAACGUUAAACAAGAACAUUGCCAAAGCUGGGUAUUCAAAACUUACUCCAGUGCAGAAGUACAGUAUUCCUAUUAUACUUGCAGGGCGAGAUUUAAUGGCAUGUGCCCAGACAGGAUCAGGAAAAACUGCAGCUUUUCUCUUGCCAAUUUUGGCACACAUGAUGAACGAUGGAAUAGCUGCCAGUCACUUUAAAGAGCAACAAGAACCAGAAUGUAUUAUUGUAGCUCCAACUAGAGAACUGAUAAAUCAGAUCUUUCUGGAAGCGAGAAAGUUUGCAUAUGGAACUUGUAUAAGGCCAGUUGUGAUCUAUGGAGGUACGCAGACAGUUCAUUCAAUUCGUCAGAUAAUGCAAGGCUGUAAUAUACUGUGCGCCACUCCAGGCAGACUUAUGGAUAUGAUAAAUAAAGAAAAGGUUGGCUUGCGUAAAGUGAAAUAUUUGGUGUUAGAUGAAGCGGACCGUAUGCUUGAUAUGGGAUUUGGUCCAGAGAUGAAGAAGUUAGUUUCUUAUCCCGGCAUGCCCCCAAAAGACAAGCGUCAAACACUGAUGUUUAGUGCCACCUUCCCAGAAGGAAUUCAGAGGUUGGCUGGAGAGUUUUUGAAAACUGAAUACUUAUUUGUUGUUGUUGGACAAGUUGGUGGAGCCUGCAGUGAUGUCCAGCAGAGUAUUCUUCAGGUUGACCAAUACUCUAAGAGAGAAAAGUUGAUCGACAUUUUGCUAAGCAUAGGUAAGGAGCGAACUAUGGUAUUUGUGGAAACGAAGAAAAAAGCAGAUUUCAUUGCAACCUUUCUUUGUCAAGAAAAAAUAGCAACCACCAGUAUUCAUGGAGAUCGGGAGCAGAGGGAACGGGAAGAAGCUCUUCGGGAUUUUCGUUCUGGAAAAUGCCCUGUUCUCGUUGCUACAUCAGUGGCAGCCAGAGGCUUGGAUAUUGAAAAUGUUCAACAUGUUGUUAAUUUUGAUCUUCCAACCACCAUUGAUGAAUAUGUUCACCGGAUUGGACGAACUGGCCGUUGUGGGAAUAUAGGCAAAGCCAUUUCCUUUUUUGAUUUAAAAACAGAUAGCCACCUGGCAGAACCUUUGCUUAAAGUGCUUUCAGAUGCUCAACAGGAGGUUCCAGUAUGGCUGGAAGAAAUUGCUUUUAGUGCUCCUGGAGCUAACUUUUCCAUUCCAAGAGGAAGUAUUUUUGCAUCUGUUGAUACUCGAAAGACUUACCAAGGCAAAGACGGUAUGAAUGCAGGAGGACUUAACCAGUCGUAUGCUACAGGUUCAGCUGAUGAGUCAUGGGAUUGAAAGGAAAAAGUGCCAAGUUUCAGAUCUUGAUUUUGUUAAAAACAUUUUGUUUCUUAAAGACUUGUAAAGCAUAAUCUGUUGCCUUUACUAAGUUCCUUGCUGAUCAGUUCUGUAAAAUUCUUUAAACAUUUAAGAAGCAGUUGAUGUUGACUAUUUGAUGCUGUUUUCAUGAAAAGUGGAUGUACUACUACAUAGUGGUACUGGGGAUUUGAGGUAACAUCCACUUUUGGAAUAGUUCUGUGAAAAGGCCAUUUUUAGCAAGAGUUUUCUUACAUACGUGUGAAGUCUUGGGAAAAUAAUAAACAAUGAAGAGCGUUGA